GGCAGAUAAUUUCUAAGUCAAAAUCGCUCAAUCGACUACCCGAUGAACUGUGAAAAGAUCACCAUGAGUGUGUGGAAACUUCCGCCAUGAUCUGUGAUUCGAUCUUCGAGGGUUUGGGUUGCUUUGUCGUUAGGGACGUUAGCGACAAGGCCUUUGAUUUCGGUACUUCGACUGGUCAAUUUUGUAUGCCGAAUAGCCUCUCAUCCAGAUGGUUCCAACGGUGCUGUGUGUCAGCAGCUCCGAGAAUAAGGCUGCGUUGUGUGCGUGCUCAGUGUGCCAUCAUUGCGUGGGGAUGUGCAAUACCAGCUCCAGUUGUGCCUGGUAGCCUGUGCGAUAAGAGUGAGAUGUUCGUAAGCUCUAUUGUCAGCCGGUUUGUGUUGUUGCCGUUCGUCUCGGAGCUUUAUCCGUGGGCACCAAGUGUCCCUGAUCUUUGCACACUACUUCACCGUAACAGCGUACGUGCCAUGCUUCCAAAUCAGCGCGCUAGGGAUCACCCAUACGGACACAUGAGCGCUACACCACCGGGAGCAUUUAGAUUGACGCCGGCUCAGAUCCAAGAUUAGAGUUUGUAGUUGUGCACACCGCUUUCCGUUCCCUCGGAGUGGUGGGCUCUCAAGUCUCAUGCUUCCGGCGCACUCGGCGAGACGAGCGGCAGGGGACGUUGGACCGCAUAGCCGGAUCUGGGCCUACACGUGUGACUUGGCUCGAGUCGAACUCACACCUUUUGAUGGGCCGAUUUGGCGAGCACUCCGGUGCAUCUCUAGCUGGCGGCUUUGUGGUGCAUGACGCGAUAUCGUACGAUGAUGGACACGUUUCCAACCGAUGACGAGUUAUUGGAAGACGACGAUAGCCGGGAUAGAGUCAGAAGCUACGUGAGGGCAUUUUGAGGUUUAUGCG